AUCUCAGUCGGCCAUCAAAUUAUGUUUUAAGAUUUCUUUCAAAAGUUUCAAUUAAUUCGAUUUUAAAAUGUGGAAACUUUGUGUGUCGGGACCUACCCCUGGCAAGUAUCUGCAGUUUGUCUACCGGUCUCUACGUCUCACUGCCCGGCGUAGUUCUGCGGAAACAAAGAUCGUAGAUCUGCCUAUGGGCCGUCUAAAGGGUCGCCGACAGUGUGGCAUCUACGGCGAUUCGUUUUUCAGCUUUGAGGGCAUUCCAUUUGGCAAGCCACCGCUGGGAGAGCUGCGCUUUGUGGCCCCAGAACCCGCAGAGCCGUGGACUGACCAGGAACUGGAUGCGCAACAGGAGAGGGAUAUACCCUUGCAGAUGGAGUUCAAUGGAGGCAAAACCAUUGGCAGUGAGGAUUGCCUCUACUUGAAUGUCUACACCAAGCAUUUUGAUAAAACCAAGCCUCCUCUUCCCGUCAUGAUCUACAUCUAUGGUGGUGCCUUUCGCACUGGUGGUGCCACUCGAAAGAUGUACGGUCCGGACUAUUUGAUGUCCAAGGACAUUGUGUACGUAAUCUUCAACUAUCGGCUGUGCGCUCUUGGAUUUCUCAGUCUGCCAAGCAUCGAAUCGAAUGUCCCUGGCAAUGCGGGACUCCACGAUCAACUGCUGGCCCUCAAGUGGAUCAAACAGCAUAUCCAGAACUUCAAUGGUGAUCCGGAGAACGUCACGCUCUUUGGCGAGAGUGCCGGAGCUGUGGGUGUCCAUUUUAUGAUGUGCCUGCCGCAAGCCAAGGGCCUCUUCCACAAGGCCAUCAUGAUGUCUGGCUCUAUGCUGAGUCCCUGGGUACAGAUACCCGAUCGAAGAUGUUUGUACUCGCAAUUGGCGCUGUCUGCUGGCUACGCGGGACCUCGCAGGGAGAAGGAUAUGCUGCGGUACCUUCGCUGGGUGGAGGCCAAGAAAUUGUUGGAGUAUGCCCAUAAUUGCUACACCUUUCACGAUCGAUGCUUUGGCUUUCUCUAUCCCUUUGUGCCCGGGGUGGAGGAGGCCAAUUACGAGAAUGGUCUGGUGCAGCAGCCAUAUCUGGAGAUGAUGCGAGAUGCUUGGUCCGUAAAGGUGCCCCUGUUGCUGGGCGGCACCUCCUUCGAGGGCUUGGUCUAUUAUCCCUUCUUGAAGCUGAACAAUGGCUUUAUGCUAGAUCUUCUCAAACAAGAACCAGAGCUGGUGCUACCCUACGAACUGUUCGUCACGAUGUCCGAUGAGGUGCGUGAGGCUAGAGCUAAGGAACUCGUUAAAUAUCAUUAUGGUCCACGAGGAAUUACCAAAAACAAUGUGACACAACUUCUGGAUCUCUUUAGCUAUAAACUCUUUUGGCACGGGCUGCAUCGCGUGGUGCGCUCUCGAUUGGCCCAUGCCCAGGCACCCACCUAUCUGUACCGCUUCGAUUUUGAUUCUCCGAGCUUCAAUCUAGUGCGAAAUAAAUUAUGCGGCGAUGACAUCAAGCGGGGUGUCUGUCAUGCUGAUGACAUGGGCUAUGUCUUCCACAAGAAGGGAGUACAGAAGCUGCCGCUGGAUUCUGCUGAAUAUCUCACAAUACAAAGGAUGGUCGGCAUUCUGACAGCCUUUGCCAAGACUGGAGAUCCCAACUGCGUUGAAACGGAGUCGGAGGAGUGGACUCCAGUGACCGCAAAGUUGCCCUAUAGGGCAUUGAAUAUAGGACACGAUCUGGACUUUAUAACGCAGUACGAAAAGGAUGGCCUAGAAGUGUGGAAUCGUCUGUACGAAGAUGAAAUUAAACUUUAUGGUGGUUAAA